AUGGAAUUGAGGUCAACUGAUAGGAAGUUAAGCUGCAGACAGGCUGUUAAUGCUACGCAUGCUCAGUUGCUUGUUGUUAUGAUAAACAAUAUGGCUAAUGUGCCUGUUCAGAUUCCUCUAGAUUCCAUGGUUUUAUUGGAACUACAACUAUAUGGUAUUGAUGAACUUAUCGAAGUAACUGCUGCUUCUGAGUACAUACCAGACAUUAUAAAACACUUAAAUGCUCGAGUCACUGAUCAGGACAGUGUCAAACUCGAAACGCAAAUUAGGGACAUGAAGAAUGGUAAAUAUAUGGUACAGUUUGUCCCUCUGCGUGAAGGCAAACUAAACAUAGAUAUUACGCUAUAUGGCCAGCAUAUUACACACAGUCCUUUCCCUGUAACCGUCAAAGAGGUAGAAUCAGACACUGAGGAUGUUGUUGAAGAUGAUGAUGUGAUUUUUCUUAAGGAGUCAACAAAGCAAGGGAUGUUAACAAAGGGGAAUGAAGCAUGUUUGGUCAAAGUAUCGGAUGUGACAUGUUCUAUUGAUCCAACAAUAGUCUACAAGGCUUAUAUAGGUGACAAUGUUGAAGGUGAAGUUGCUGAGGUUGUUGAAGAUGAAAUUGCUGAGGUUGUUGAAGGUGAAGUUGCUGAGGUUGUUGAAGGUGAAGUUGCUGAGGUUGUUGAAGGUGAAGUUGCUGAGGUUGUUGAAGGUGAAGUUACUGAUGUUGUUGAAGGUGAAGUUGCUGAGGUUGUUGAAGGUGAAGUUGCUGAGGUUGUUGAAGCUCUGGCAAUGACUCAUUCCAACCACUGGGUAACAAUUUUGUUGAGGUUGAUAGUGAUUUGUGGACCGGAUGUAAAAGUUACAGGAACAGUUGCUGAAGUUGUUGAAGGUGAAGUUGCUGAGGCUGUUGAAGGUAAAGUUGCUGAGGUUUUUGAAGGUGAAGUUGCUGAGGUUGUUGUAGGUGAAGUUGCUGAGGUUGAUGAAGGUGAAGUUACUGAUGUUGUUGAAGGUGAAGCUGCUGAGGUUGAUGAAGGUGAAGUUGCUGACAUUGUUGAAGGUGAAGUUACUGAGGUUGUUGAAGGUGAAGUUGCUGACAUUGUUGAAGGUGAAGUUGCUGACAUUGUUGAAGGUGAAGUUACUGAGGCUGUUGAAAGUGGAGUUACUGAGUCUGUUGAAGGUGAAGUUGCUGACAUUGUUGAAGGUGAAGUUACUGAGGCUGUUGAAAGUGAACUUACUGAGGCUGUUGAAGGUGAAGUUGAAUAUUCAGGUUGUUUGAUUUUGGCUCUUGAUUCCCCUGGCUUUUUUAAUAGAAAAUUUAAUACACAACUCUUUAAUUUUAGUUUUGCAUUUGUCCCACCUAAGUCAGUAAAGAAAAGGAUAGACAUCCAUUUUCUGUCCAGCUCUGGCAAUGACUCAUUCCAAUCACUGGGUAGCACAAUUUUGUUGAGGUUGGUAGUGAUUUGGGGACCUGAUGUAAAAGUUGCCGGAGCAGUUGUUGAAUUUGUUGAAGGUGAAGUUGCUGAGGCUGUUGAAGAUGAAGUUGGUGAAGUUGCUGAGGUUGUUGAAGGUGAAGUUGCAGAGGUUGUUGAAGUUUUUAAGACUGGAUUUCUGUAG